ACAACCAACCGCUAAUACUGUUCUCUUUCGCACACACAUUGCAUUGUGGCAAUAAAAUUCAGAGGAAUGGUAUUCUUCGACAUAUCUGGGAAAACUGUGAAUGCCGCAGUUUUUCGCGUUUUCGAUGAGUUCUUGCAGCUGGCGGCACCAACGCGUUUGAUGCAGAAUGAAAAUAUUAGUGAAAGCAGAAAAAAGCGAACGUAGCGGUAAAUAGGUGCGGAACCGAGUCGGGUGAAGCAGAACAGCAAAGAAAAUAAGUUCGGAUAUUUCUACAUUUAUUAACGCAUUCGCUUUGUUUGUCAUUUUUAGUUUGGUGCUGGAGUAAUGAAAAUUACAAAAAGUUCAUUUGAAAGAAAAAAAACACAAAAGGAAGAAAAAUGUUGAACAUUAGCUAGAGUGUGUGUGUGUGUAUGUGUAUAUAUGCAAAAUUCCUGAUAGGGAAAUCUAUUGAAGGGAGGCGCAACAAAAAGUAGGUGACUGUUGUUGCAGAAACAUACAAGGGACAAGGGGGAGCAAGAAUUUACUCGAGUGUGUGUGAGAAGAAAGUGGAGGAGGAGCGGAUGCGUGUGCUUUCGAUUUACGUAGCGUUGGUGUCAAAGUGUUUUAUUUUUGGAUAAAAUAAAAAUAUAAAAAAAAAAUUAGAAAUACCAAAUAUUGAGAGAGAUAAGAAAAAACUUGGCCUUCUUUGCGAUUUUGCUGGCAAAAGAGCAGCACAAGGCAACGAACUUGUGAAAUGAACUAAUUAAACAAAUGCCUCGGGCUAGAUUUAGUGAGUUUUGAGAAAUUUAUUUUGCUUUUUUUUUGAAAGAAAAUCUAGCUGCAAACGUGAAAAGAAGCAGUGAAUAUAAAAUGGAAACAGAAAGGUUACGUAUCACGCUCAGCAAUCCGGAAAAGUUGUAUACAGCAGGCGAAACAAUAAAAGGCGAAGUUUGUGUUAAUUUAACCAAGCGCACAAAAAUACGUGCAAUAAAAGUCCAAAUUACCGGCAAAGGGAAAUGCAAAUGGAUGGAAAUAUUACGUAAAAAUUCCAACAAUGAAUCUGCGCGGAGCCUCUUCUACUCCGGCAAGGAAAUUUAUGCGCACGACGAACAUACACUGCCAGUCUUCGAGCCGCGUGGAAUUGAACUGAGCCCCGGAGAGCAUACUUUCGAAUUUAGUAUACCGCUGAGUUUGUAUUUACCCUCUAGUUUCAAAGGUAGCUACGGUUCCAUCAAGUAUAAAUUGCGUGUACUUAUCCAGAGGCCAUGGACCUUCGACGAGCGUUACAUAAUACCACUAUCGAUUUUGAAACAUAUGCCGCUCUCACCUUGUUAUCGCUUGAAUCCCACUGCGUUGGAGAAGCAAAUCACAAAGACUAUCAGCCUGUUUGGCACGCGUCCUAUUACAAUGGUGGCAUUGCUGCCGGAAGACUCAGCAGUGCGCGGCGAACCAUUGCGCAUUUGUGCUACUGUUACAAACAAUAGUACAACAAAUGUGGAAAAGUUGCGUUUUACUGUACUACAGUACAUUUUUUAUUAUAGCCAUGUACCGUUAAGAGUGCAGAAAAUGGAGUGCCUGACGAUUGCCAAUAAAGAGACUGGUGCAGUGCACAAAAAAAGUGAACGUUCCUUUGCGCAUGAGUUAAUGAUUCCGCAUACGGCGCAACCGUCAGACGAGUUACUAAGUGGAGUUAUAAAUAUUUCGUAUGAACUGCGCGUCGAAGCGGUGCUACGUGGCUUCUUUAAGAAUCUCACACUUAAUUUGCCCUUUAAGAUUUAUUCACGUGGUACUGGUGGUGUGCUUAAUAAUCUCUCUAGUGCUCCACCACGCCCACCUCCGCGUUGUGGUAAUCGUAAUAGCGUAAGUGUUGGUAUGGUAGCUAAUAUAACGGCUAGUGAAGCAGGCAAUCCAUUUGAGAAUAAUGCCACAACAUUGACUGUUGCAACUUAUCCCUCACUCGAGUCAUCAAUCGGUUCGCCGUCACACUCAUCGCAAUAUAGCGAAUCCAGUUCAGUACAUUCAAUUACAUCUGAUUCCUCUGCGGCCACGCUCAGUCCGGCUGUAUGCGCUGCAGAGCCCUCCUAUGCUUCAGGUACGUCAUCACAAUUCAAUAGCCCUUCGGCGCGUGCUAGUCUACGGAGCUCAACUGUGCCCUAUGUCAUGUAUCAGCCGAUUAGUAGUCCCAUAAUGAUUAACUCUUAUCCACCAGCACAAGUGCCAACAUAUCCGCCGCUCUCGGAAUCGCCUGGUUAUUCAUUGAUGCAUUUGCCAGCCGGCGUUUCGCCGCCGACGGAACCCACGACAACUGCACUGCUGCGUCAAGAGUCUUCCACGUCGUCCACGUCAGCUGCCGCGAGAACAUCAUUUUUGCAUGGGUUGCAACCGCCUGGAGCACAUGAACUGCCACCUUCUUAUGAAGAACUCUUCGGCUCCGCGACUGCGCCACCCGCAUCAUCCAAAUGACAUCGUGAUUACUUCUAAUCGAAAGCUUAGCGCAUUUUUGAAAUAUCUUCACUAAACACCUAAAGCUGUACUGUAAGGCGCCAAAAGUUACUAAACCCACCCAGGAAUGAAAAGCAUAUGAAUUUGCGGGAUGUGCCCAUUUUUACUGUGGGCAAAACCAAAAAGCACUGAACAAAAAGCAAAACAGAAUGGAUUUUUGUGGUGCAACUAAGAAUAAUUGAAAAAAGUUGUGCAAACGCUAAUAGAGCUUACGAAGAAUUUUAUUUUUUAUUUUUGCAAUUAAAAAAUCUGCUUUGUUUAUGCAGAAAGUGAAUAAAAAAUCAUUGUAUGUAUUGUAUGAAUUGUCGCUAGUAAGUAAGGUAAAGCCAAGGUAGUUUUAGGGUUUAUACCACUGACUAAGCAAUGCUUUUUGCACAAUAAUAUAGCACGAAAAAUCUCAUUUCUGUGACUUACAGCUUAUUACGAUAAUAUUUAGACAUUAAGCUGACUAUUCGAAUAUACGAAAAUCUCGUUAUUAAGAAACCUAAAUGCUCCAUUAUAAACUUUUGUAUUUUUCAAAUAUAUAAUAUUUAUUAAUUAUGAAUUGAUGGCAAUAUUAAUUUUCAUUAAAACUCAAAAUACACAAAAAAAAGCUUAGAGCUGACUAUGCACAUAUUUUGAAUUAGCAUAAUUUAUAUGACAAAAUGUGUCCGUUAAAAAUCCAUAUGCAUCAACACAAAUGGCUUAAGUUGAUAUAGAAAACGUGAAAAAGUUUACAAAAAUGAAACAUUUACAUAUACAAAUUUAAGCAAUACACCAAAAUGAUAAGAUAGAUAUAUUAAUUGAUUAUUAUACUAAUAUAAAUAAAUUAUAAUAAUAUACAUAUGUUACAUACAUAUUUGCAGUACUCAAAAUAGCACAAAUCGAAUUAUGCAACAGUGUGCACGAAAAGAAAACGUAACUGAAAUUCCUAAGUAAAGUAAAAACAAGAAAAUCUUCAAGAAAUAGAAAAGCUACAUGCAGAUUUACGUUAUUUUUAGACACAAUAAUUACUUAUAAUUUUUCAGCGAAUAUGUAAAGGUGGAAUGUGUUGUUAGAAAAUUGUUUUGCUUUGAAAGACUAAAGUGAUCUUCGCGCUUAGUAAACUUCAAAUAAUUAUGCAGCAUUGGAAUAUCAUUGAAAGCCAAUUGCCAAGCUUGAGUAAGAAAAGGUCGACAAUGUUGAGAAUUUCAAUGGAAAAUUUCAGGCAUACAAAUAUGUACUUAGUGCUGCCACAAGUUCUAUUACAAGUUAAGUCCAUUAUAUAUAUGAAAUUAUAAUACUUUUUUAAUGAAUUUAUUUUUAUUUAAUCAUGUAAAUAUUAAAGAAAAAAAAUGUCAAUUUUAAUUCGAAAUAAUCACCAUUUACUUUUACACAAAUCUUCAACCGAUUAGGCCAUUCAGUUUUGCAGCAUGCACGGUUUCCAUGGAUAUUGAAGUCGGUGCUCGAACCAAAGAUUGUUGGAGACUCUCCAAAUUUAUCUGAGGCCUUCGGUAGGGCAUCUUUUACAAUUCUGACUACAAACCGUAGUCCAAUGGAUUCAGAUCUGGACUUCCAGUAGGCCAAUUAUGGGCUGAAUCGGAAUCUUGCUGGAAGAUUCUACUCUCUCCAUUGAAGAGAGUACUGCUCAACUGCUUCACCACGUCUUCUAAGACAUCCUCCUGGUACACUUUUGCCCCGGUCUUAAAUCCUUUUUCGCAGAAAUGAAGAGAUGUAAGUAAUUUACAAGGCACUCUCCACAAACCAUUACAGAGGUUGGAUGGUGACCACGCUGAACACUUGGAACAACAUUUUUUGCGUCUUUAGAAGUUUUAGCAUAGAUUUUGUCGUUUUUUUUUUUGUUAAAAACUUCUUCAACGGUGAAAAUUUUCUCAUCUGUGGAAAGAAAAUUUUGAUGGCCGUUUACCGCGUGCCACCGAAGAAGCUGCUUGCAGUUGUCGAGUCUAAUUUUCUUCAGUUGAGCGCCGCAAGGCUUUCAUAUGGAGGUCAUUUCUAUAAUUAGUCUUAGAUCUGGUCGAUACAUUCAUUUCCCUGGACUUGAUUUUCUGCUUUCUAAAGGGAUUUCUGCGAAUUCUUUCUCGAACGGCCUUCAUGGCUGCUCUGGUAUGAACCACGCGAGGACGACCAUUUCUUUUUCUAUCUGUCACUUCAGACGUUUGGUAAAAACUAUUGAUUGUGCGUUAAACAAACUUUCUCGAAAUAUUAAGUUUUUUCAGCAAUUCGUAAAUCUCAUUUGCACUUUUACCACGUCUUUGUAAUGCAAUCACUGCAAUGUGAUUUUCCUUUGCUCCCCCACUCCACUGCUAACAAGCGAGAUUUGCCACGAAAGGUAUAAUUUAUGAGUAGACAAUGCAAACGAGCAAAAGCAAAAAUAACGGAACUUUUCUGCGAAUUAGUUCUCGCCGUACCCAUUCUAAAAGUUGUCACAGAAUUUAUGGUAAGACUAGGUAUAAAAAUUAUGCCCCUAAACAGGAAUACAUUUUUGUUUUAAUUUAAUGAAAUAACUUGUGUUUUUUGUUACACCUCUAAAGAAGCCUUCCGUUUGCCUAAUCUACAUUUGUUAUUGUAUUUAACAAAUGCUUAUAUAAAUUAUUUGUCAAAUAAACGCUUAGAUAAUAUUAACAUCAAAAAACAGACUGCGCAGCGCAACAACUCCAAUACCAUAGUAGAUAAGCUCCAAAUAAUUUAUUUAUUUACAUCCAUUUGUAGUGAUGUAUCAUGUACAGUAUGUGAAAAAAAUAAACUACCAAUGUGGUUAUAUGUAUGAUACAAUAAUUUUUAGAAGAUAAUUUCGACUCAAAAAUUGUUUCACGUAAUUGGGACCAAACGUGGCAUAAUUCAGACAAAACGUGCCUGUUGAUAAUCACGCAAUGUGGCCAUUGUUACGAUAUUGCACUUUGCGAUUUUCACAUUUAUUUUCGGUAUUUUUUAAAUAAACAUUCAAAUAUUCAUAUAUUUUAUAACUAAUCACUUCACUUCAACAUUUAAUAUUUAUUUAUUAUAUAUCUCACUGCUAUGCCUAAUCGCAUCAACAAAAGUCAAAGAAAUGAAAAUG